UAAAAAAGCGGAAAAAAAACUAAGUGUCACAAAUUACUGACGUUUUCUUAAUUUAUAACAUAAAAACGUGUCGGUUACUAAAUAAUUCGUGCCUAAGCUAGUUCAAAGGGUGACCAAUAGUGAACUAUACAAAAUGCGCUGUCCACUGCCCACAGCCGGUGCGCUAAUCUCGUUAUCAUUAUCACUAUUGCUAAUAAUUAACACCUGCUCAGCCCUUUACGAGGACCAGAUUAAGAAAUUUGACUGGCGUAGUGUGCAUGUCGGGGCUCUUAAGCAAGCGCACAUCGAUUUAAACAAUUUUCAGCCUCGUGUACUAGUCAGUACACACGAGCAAGUGGUUGCCUCAAUAUGCCCCAAGAGCGGCGAGAUUAUCUGGCGACAAGUGCUGGAAGGUAAUGAACGUGGAGACAUAAAGCUGAUGCAAGCAAGCGGUUUCUCUGAUGAUAGCAGCGAUACUGCUGCGGCACCAAUGGGCUCACAUCUAGGAUUCGACCUGCUGACUGUGCAGGGCAGUGCACCGGCUUUGGUACGCGGCUGGAACACUAACAUCGGUGCCAUUGAGUGGGAAUGGUCUAUUAUGCCAUUAAACGUGGAGCGGGCACAGGAUGCACUUUGGUUCUAUAGCAAUUCCGCGCUGUACCAUGUCUUGCCUGCUUGGGGCAGUCAUCUUGAAGUAACCGCAUACUUUGCCACUUCGGGACAUACAACUGGCGGAACUAGUAAGAUUAUGGCUGCCUGGAUCAAGCCCGAUAGCUGCUUGCUCAGUGGUACAUAUUUCGUGUGCCAGGAGGGCAAACAACUUAUCAGCAUAGAUUUGGUGGCAAAGAGUACUCAGGUUAUUUCGACAACGCUCGAGUCAGAACCUACCACUAAAAUCCAAGCAUUGUCGGGCUUAAAAGGCGUGCUUAUAGUCAACAAGAAAUUAAUUAGCGUCAACAAAGCACAGUCUGUAUGUCCGGACCUAAAGAGUGACACCUAUGUGGUUGGCAGCUUUAACUAUCGAAAAAUUGUGGUCUAUGCAGAUCUUGUUAAAGACUUGCUUAAAAUCAACGCUGUGUACCUGGACAACUGUUCGCCAGUACCUGAGCUGGAACAGAGCGUAAACUUUUCUGAAGACUAUGGCACACCCACCUUCCGUGCCUUCGACUGCAAGCUAAAGCGCAAUAAUGAUGGCAAGAGUUGUAUGUUUUUGUUUGCUACCAGUGCAGAGUCUAUAGUGGGGGUGCAGCAAGGACGCAUACGUUGGACACGCGAGGAAUCGUUGGCUAAUGUUAUUGAUUCACAGUUUAUUGAUUUGCCACUCGCUGAUACAGAAGGCACAUUGGAGAACGAAAUGAAGGGAAAAUCAGAGGAUUUCAGCAGUUUGCAGAGUGACAUUGCUAGUGCCUUUUUGCGUCGUAUUACCACGCAAGCUUUGCAGAUUAAGAGCCUAUUUCUGCAUGUUAUUGGCUUGGGACCACCACCAACGGAUACGCAACGCGCUGGACUAGUCCGUGAUUCCUUUGGCCUGCACAAGAUGCUGGUGUUGUUGACACGCUCUGGCAAAAUCUUUGGCGUCGAUAACGUUGCUGGUAAACAUCAUUGGAAGCUCUAUUUGCCCAAUGUGGCUAGCUUCGAGAAUUCCGAGCAAAUGCGUCUGAUUGUGCAACGCACCUCCAAACAUUUUCCACUGCAACCACUGUGCACCAUUGUAGCCAAGGCUGCGUCCACUGGCAAUGGCAUUUUGUUCCGCUUCAAUCCUAUAACUGGACGUGCGGCUGAGGGUGGACUACUUGAAUUGGAUUACAAAAUUAAGCAACUAUCGCUGCUGCCGGAAACACCUCAGGACUAUGUUAAAGCCAUACUUAUUCUAGAUGCUGCAAAUCAGGCGCAUGUGCAUCCCAAACAUGCAACGCCCUUGGCCCAUGGAAUGUAUUUAUAUACCGCUGAUGUGAAGACUUCUGAACUGCAGGGCUACUUUGUGAAAAAUGUGGGCAGUAGCUUAACAUGCUUGCCCAUUUGGAAUGUGCGUUUGGGCGGUCACAAUUCGGAGCAACAAAUUAUAGCUGUUGCUGGCAAAAAUCCCAUUGAGCAUGUGCACUCGCAGGGUCGUGUUCUGGGCGAUCGCUCAGUGCUGUACAAGUAUAUCAAUCCAAACCUGGUUGCCUUUGUUACUCAAGCCCCAGAUGCAACCCAUAAAUCUGUGCUACAUUUAUACCUAAUCGACGUGGUGUCCGGCUCCGUUAUCUUUUCAAUGACGCAUCGCAAGGUGCGUGCUCCUCUGCACAUUGUGCACUCUGAAAACUGGCUGGCCUACUCGUUUUUCAAUGAAAAAGUGCGCCGCACUGAGAUUACAACUCUGGAAUUAUACGAGGGUAGUGCGCAGGGCAAUAACAGCGUUUGGAGCUCUUUGCAGGCCCCGUUCAUGCCACUCGUAGAGCGCCAAUCUUAUAUCAUACCCACUAUUGUGGAAGCCAUGCGUGAGACCAUCACAGAACGUGGCAUUACGAACAAGCACGUGUUGAUUGGUACUGCCAGUGGCUCUAUUGUUGAAAUGCCGUGGCAUUUGUUGGAUCCACGUCGUCCCAUUGCAUCGACGACGCAAGGACGUGAAGAGGGUGCCAUACCUUAUAUACCGGAGUUGCCUUUGCCCACAGAGAAUCAUAUAAACUAUAAUCAAACUGUUGCACGCUUGCGUCAUAUUUAUACCGCACCCAGCGGUCUAGAGAGUACCUGUCUAGUCGUCGCCACUGGCUUAGAUGUGUUUGUUACGCGUGUUGCGCCGUCUAAGACGUUCGAUUUGUUAAAGGAGGACUUUGAUUAUAUAUUAAUUUCCAUAGUACUAGUCGUGCUCACUUCGGGCUCUUUGAUUGUUAGGCAUUUAUCGUCGCGUAAAUUGCUCAAGCAGGCGUGGAAGUAAUUAUUAAAUAUCUAACUGCUUUAAACUAAUUGUACUACGACCAAAAAAUGAACAGAGGAAGCGUAAUAAGUGGAGUAGAAGUGAGAGAAAGAUUUUUAGUAGCUGCAUUAACACUAGUGAUGCAAUAGAUGCCAAUUUUUUUCUCAUCGCUAAGCUUAGGCAAUUAUUUAUAAUUAAAUAUAUAGCAUAAAAAGGAGUAAUUAGCUGUUGAACAAGUUUUCAUUGCAUUUUUUGUUUCGUUUACUUUGUGUUUACUUUCCAUACUUGAAAAUAUCAGCAUUCAAAUUGUAUGUUUCACAUUUAGUCAAUAAAAACAGUUGUAAAGAGGAUUAUGGUAAAUAAACCAAGAGUUUUCAUGAAAUAUAUUAAAA